UUCACAAAAAGUUAACAGACAGAAAAGAAACCAAAAUAUCCUUUCAAUGGCUCUUCUCCACCUUCCCCUUCCUUCUACCUUCAAGUUUCAUUCUCCUUUGGCCAAUGGAGCUCGUGGACCAUCUUCGAACUAUCGACCUUCUUCUAUAAGGAUCCCUUCCUACUUCAUGAUCUCUGUUGGGUUUGAAUGUAAGAAGAGAAUAAAAGGGCAGUAUGCAAGUGAAAAUGCCACUGUGAGACGAUCUGCAAAUUAUCAUCCUUCUAUUUGGAAAGAUGAGUUUAUUCAAUCCUUAAGCAGUCAAUUCAAGGGAGUAACAUAUGGCAAACGAUUAAAUCCCUUGAUCGGAGAAGUUAAAGCCAUGCUUAAAAAAGCACCAAGUGAAGAUUCAUUAGAGCAAUUGGAACUCAUUGACACCUUACAAAGACUUGGAAUAUCAUACCACUUUGAGAGUGAAAUUAAACAUGUACUCAAAACAUUAUACAAUAAAAGAGAUCUUGAUGACAAUAAAAAGGAUCUUUAUGCCACUUCUCUUGAAUUCAGACUAUUUAGACAACAUGGAUUUGAGAUUUCUCAAGAAGUUUUCAGUGACUUCAAGGAUGAGAUAGAAAUUUCCGAUAAUAUAUCCUUUUUGGGGGAUAUAAAUGGAAUUUUAUCUUUAUAUGAAGCAUCAUUCUUAUCGUUUAAAAAUGAAGACUUUUUAGAAAAAGCAAAAUGUUUUGCUAUCAAUUAUUUAGAGAAGUAUAUGAGAAGAACAAGGGUGGAUGAAGUUGAUAUGGCCAUGAUAAAGCAUGCUUUGGAACUUCCAUUGCAUUGGAGGACAUCAAGAAUGGAGGCAAGAUGGUUCAUUGAUAUAUAUGAAAGAAAAAAGGAUAUGAAUCCUAUUCUUCUUGAAAUGGCGAAAUUAGAUUUCAACAUGUUACAAUCUAUCUACCAAGAAGAUCUUAAAUCUGCAUCAAGUUGGUGGACGAGCAGUCGACUAGGGGAAAAGUUGAGCUUUUCAAGAGACAGAUUAAUGGCAAAUUUUUUAUGGACAAUAGGUACUGGAUUUGAACCCGAGUUCUCAUAUUCUAGAAGAAUGAUCACAAAGAUCAAUUCAUUCAUCACAAUACUAGAUGAUAUUUAUGACGUUUAUGGCACGUUGGAUGAACUUGACCUCUUUACAAAUGCUAUAGAGAGAUGGGAUGUUAAUGCAAUUGAUGAGAUUCCUUAUUACAUGAAAGUGUGUUUUCUUGCUCUUCAUGAUUCUAUCAAUGAGAUGGCUUUUCAAGUAUUCAAGGACCAAGAAGUUGAUGUCAUCCAAUACCUUCAUAAUGUGUGGAUAGGUUUGUGCAAAUCCUAUUUGCAAGAAGCAAAGUGGUAUCAUAGCAAUUACAAACCAACACUUGAAGAAUAUAUGGACAAUGCAUGGGUUUCCAUAUCCGGACCUGUCAUUUUAGUCCAUUCAUAUGUCUUUGCAACAUCUCAUAUAGCAAAGGAGGAGUUGGAGAGCUUGGACAAAACCAAUGACAUAAUUCGUUGGUCCUCCACAAUCUUACGACUUGCAGACGACCUAGCAACAUCAUCGGACGAGUUAAAAAGAGGCGACGUCCCAAAAUCAAUCCAAUGUUACAUGAACGACACUGGAGUUUCAGAGAAUGAUGCUCGUAAUUACAUAAAACAUUUGAUCAAUGAGACAUGGAAGAAGCUAAAUGAAUCCGAAGCUGAAAAUAUUGCUUUGUCUCAAGUUAUCAUUCAAAUGUCUAAGAAUCUUGCUCGAAUGGCUCAAUGCAUGUACUUAAAUGGAGAUGGAUACGGUAUAGAACAAGAAACAAAAGAUCAUGUAUUGUCUUUAAUUAUUCACCCUAUUCCAAUUUAAUUUGCUUUAAAAGGUGAACUUCAUGAAGGUGAUCAAUGCUUAAAAGGUAUAUCAAGUAAGGCCUAUACAUCACUAAAUGUUAGUUCACCUUGAUAUUAAUUUGUCAACACAAGAACUUAGUUCAAUUGCAUUUGGUAUCGAAAACCAAAAGGUUCCAAGUUCAAUAAUCCUCAAACCCCAAUUUAUACUUAAAUAAAAAUCUUUAAAUAAAUUUAAUGUAAAACAUUUUUGGAUCGUGUGUGGACUUAUUCUCAUGCAUAUAAAAUGAUAUGAUAGCCAUGAAGAUGUUGUAGAUACCA